CUCUCUAUUACAGUUUGUUCACGAGGAACGUACUGUCUCUCUCUAUUCCAGUUUGUUCUCAAGGAACGUACUGUCUCUCUCUAUUCCAGUUUGUUCACAAGGAACGUACUGAUUUUAUCUAUUACAGUUUGUUCACGAGGAACGUACUGUCUCUCUCUAUUACAGUUUGUUCUCUAG